AUAAAAUUAGCUGCUGGAAUCACUAACAGUUAUAUAUUUCACAUAACUGGCAAUAAGAAGAGCAGAAGGGGUCUGAUACGGACGGGGACGAGGAGAAAAGAUGAACAAGAACAGGAAGGGCAUGGAGGUUGAAGAAGACGAAGAAGGGGAGGAAGAAGGUGGAGGAAAAGAGUUAGAGGCAUGGGAGAGAGCUUAUGCAGAUGACAGAUCUUGGGAGGCGCUGCAGGAGGACGAAUCAGGCAUUCUCCAUCUGGACAAAAAACAUCAGCAACUGCAACAGCGCCAGUACAGACGUCGCCUGCAAGCUGUUGUGGCCUCCCAUAUUCAACGCGGACUGAUUCGUUACCUUUACAUUAUACUUGAUUUCUCUCGGGCAGCAGGAGAAAAGGAUUUCAAACCAAACCGUAUGGUGGUGGUUACAAAUUGUGUUGAGGCUUUUGUGAGAGAAUUCUUUGACCAGAAUCCACUUAGUCAUCUGGGUAUUAUAAUAAUAAGAAAUGGAAUUGCGCAUCGCUUAACAGAUCUCAGUGGCAGCCCAGAAUCACAUAUAAAGGCUUUGGCCAAUAAUCUGGAGUGUUCAGGUGAUUCCUCUCUGCAGAACGCUUUGGAUCUUGCUCAUGGUUAUCUGACCCAAAUUCCAUCUUAUGGUCAUCGGGAAGUUCUAAUCUUGUACUCUGCUCUAAGCACUUGUGAUCCCGGGGAUGUUAUGGACACUAUAAGGAAAUGCAAGGAUGCAAAAAUGCGUUGCUCAGUAGUUGGAUUGUCUGCUGAAAUUUAUAUAUGUAAACAUCUCUGUGAAGAGACAGGAGGAGUCUAUUCUGUUGCAUUAGAUGAGUCACAUUUCAAGGACCUUUUGCUGGAGCAUGCCCCUCCGCCACCAGCCAUAGCAGAGUUUGCAGUUGCCAGCCUUGUUAAGAUGGGUUUUCCUCAGAGAGGUGCAGAAGGGGUUAUUUCUAUUUGUGCUUGUCAUAAAGAAGUGAAGAUAGGUGGAGGCUACACAUGUCCUAGGUGCAAAGCACGUGUUUGUGAACUUCCAACUGAGUGUCAUAUCUGUGGUUUGACUCUUGUAUCUUCUCCCCACUUAGCAAGAUCAUACCAUCAUCUUUUUCCAGUUGCACCUUUUGAAGAAGUAAUUGGUAGGACAGCCCCAAAUCAGAGGCUUCCAAGGACUUGCUUUGGUUGCCAACAGUUUCUUCCGAAUCCAGGAAGUAAAGUUGGGGUGAGGCUUGCUUGCCCCAGAUGCAAGAAACAUUUUUGCUUUGAUUGUGAUAUUUACAUUCAUGAGAGCUUACAUAAUUGCCCUGGCUGUGAAAGUUCACCUACAAUCACAUCAUCAUAAAGUACCUGUUGGAGAGUGGAACUUGUGAUUGCUUUAGUAUCACUGAUGUUCUGUACUCUAUAUUUUAUCUAACAGCCAUUCUUCUGCAUCAAUUUUCUAUUUGUUUCCUGGAAUUGAGACGAAAGUAAUUGGUUGAUGAUUCUGACGGGAUAUAUUAAUUACAAGGUGUUUAGUGGUUAUUGGAUGCCUCAGAUUUUACACCUGGUACGUACCAGGUUUCUGAACAUUAGCAGUACAUUCCAGACAUGCGUGAUUAUGGGUUUCUAUAACUCAAUUGGAAUGUAGUUCUCUAUUAGAGAGGAAUUUGGAAGAGCGUUAAUUACUAUUAAUUACGGACAACAAAUCUUCAUGGAUAACAUUUUUGUUACUUCAAUGUGUUCGAAAAAUGGAUGGGUGCAAUUUGUUUUGAAAUUAGAUGGCUGAGAAAUGAUGGCCAGUGAGGGCAACAAAAUGGUCCUUUACAACAAGCCAUUUACUUUUGGCCUGAAUAAUUAAUUGGUAAGUUGUACUUUCUGAAUUCAAAUGGUACUCUGCAGUGUUGAGCAUAGAAAAAACAUAGAUGUAUUUUUGUGCAUUUAUUAAACAUAACUAAAGGACUAGUCUCACUCCAGCUCGUCCCUUCCUGAUGGCGACUGUGUACAUCCCUAGAAGAUUAGUCUCCCCUUUGUGGCUCCAACUUGACAAUAAUCAAGUAAAUCCAAGGUAAGGCUGGUUGGACUAUCAUAGGACAAUCUGAUACCUUUUUCUGAGUUCUUUUCUAUCAGUCUCAAUUCAUUUAAGUUCUUUUC